GCGGUGAGGCGGUGCCUGCCCCGCCAGCUCCAGACUGCGGCGGGCAGAGCUGGAAGUUACAGAAAUGGCGGAGGGGGAGUUGGACGUCGACUCGCUGAUUUCCAGGCUUUUAGAGGUGCGAGGAUGUCGCCCGGGGAAGAUCGUCCAGAUGACAGAGGCCGAGGUUCGUGGCCUCUGCAUCAAGUCCCGGGAGAUCUUCCUCAGUCAGCCGAUCCUUCUGGAGCUGGAGGCUCCGCUCAAAAUCUGUGGUGAUAUCCACGGACAGUACACAGACCUGCUCAGGCUCUUCGAGUAUGGCGGCUUCCCUCCAGAGGCCAACUACCUGUUCCUGGGCGACUACGUGGACAGAGGGAAGCAGUCUCUAGAGACCAUCUGCCUGCUUCUGGCCUACAAGAUCAAAUACCCCGAGAACUUCUUCCUGCUCAGGGGCAACCACGAGUGUGCCUCUAUCAACCGCAUCUACGGCUUCUAUGACGAGUGUAAACGCAGAUUCAACAUCAAGCUGUGGAAAACGUUCACAGAUUGCUUCAACUGCCUGCCCAUCGCCGCCAUCGUGGACGAGAAGAUCUUCUGCUGUCACGGAGGUCUCUCUCCCGACCUGCAGUCCAUGGAGCAGAUCAGACGCAUCAUGAGACCCACAGACGUGCCUGACACGGGCCUCCUGUGUGAUCUGCUGUGGUCAGACCCGGACAAAGACGUGCAGGGCUGGGGAGAAAACGACCGCGGCGUCUCGUUCACAUUCGGGGCUGAUGUGGUCAGCAAGUUUCUCAACCGCCACGACCUGGACCUCAUCUGCAGGGCCCACCAGGUGGUAGAAGAUGGUUAUGAGUUCUUUGCCAAGCGGCAGCUGGUGACUCUGUUCUCGGCUCCAAACUACUGCGGAGAGUUCGACAACGCUGGAGGCAUGAUGAGCGUGGAUGAAACUCUGAUGUGCUCCUUCCAGAUCCUGAAGCCAUCUGAGAAGAAAGCAAAGUACCAGUAUGGAGGGAUGAACGCGGGUCGGCCCGUCACCCCGCCUCGCACAGCGCAAGCUCCAAAGAAACGAUGAAGACAAACGGAGGGAGGAAGAGACGCAGAGUAGCAGACAGAGAGAGAGGGGGGGGAUGAGUGUCAGAGAUCUUUUCACUACACAAAAUAAACGAGAGCAACACUUAUCAGAGGAGAAAACAAACACACCCAAACCUGUCUUUCAUAUUUCAUUUCUUCCUCUGAACUGCUGUCACACUUCUUCUCCCUCAGUUUUCUUUCCUUUCUUCUGCACCCGUGUAACAUUUUUAAACACAAGUGUUAAAAAAGAAAAAUAAGAAAACAAUACAAGGGGGUGUCAUUCUGUAGCAUAUCAGAGUGUUUUCUUUUUUUUUGUCUUUGUCUUUUUUGCCUUUUAUUUUUCUUGACAACAGAAUGACAGCCAGUUUAGUUUACCACAUCUCCUUCCUCCCCCUGCCUGUCUGUACGGGCACAACAGGUAUUACUGACGACUGCUGGGUUUUCAAUAAAUAAUACGAGAAAUGAA